AUGGUUUCAAAAAUUAUUUCAGCGCUUCUUCUGAUCGCAUGUCUAUUUUUUAUUUCAUCAACUAAUGCAAUCAAUCUUCCAGGUAAUUACACAUUGCCCAAAGACUCAUCUGACAACUUAUGUUUCAUUGCUCGAUUUGAUCUUGUACUUAAUGUUGAAUAUGUAAAAUCUGAUGGGAAAAAAAAUAUUUCCAUUAUUCCAUUAAAUAAUGAAACAUUUCAGUUUUAUGAUGGAACAUAUGCACUUACUAAAACUCAUACCCUUACAAUAACAAUGUUAGAUAAUUUAACAACUAUUACAUUAGAAUUUUUUCUUAAUGAAAAAAAUCAAACAUCAUUAACACGAGUUUAUGGAUCUGUUACAGUUGAUAGUAAUACAAAAUAUUUUCCAAAUUCUAGUAUUCAUGCUCGUGGUCCACGUCCAUUUGUAGCAAAUGAAUCGUUAUUUAAUGCUGAUCGUGCACAUUCUUAUCGUUGUAAUACACGAACAAAAAUUGAUAAUUUGAAAACAGAUGGAAAUGGAAAUGUUACAAUUAAAUCAAUUGAUAUAGAAAAUUUACGUAUACAACCAUUUGUUGAUAAUAUGAGUACAUUUCAUGAUUAUGGUGUUGAAGAAGUAUGUACAAUGGAUCGAUUUACAAGUUCAAAUUUAAUUCCAAUUAUUGUCGGUGUUUGUCUUGCCGUAUUAGUUAUUGUUGUACUUGUUGCAUAUCUUAUUGGUCGUCGACGAAAUCGUAAUGGAUAUCAAAGUGUUUAA